AUGCCUUUCCACAACUAUGGUUCUGCCUCCGAGCAAAACUGCAAAAAGAAAAAAACGGGGAAACUCUCAUCUGUACAGGUUGCUUCUCCAAAUUUUAACUUCCUCUACAUCCCUAUUUGUUUUUUAAUUCAGAAUGCUCAGCUUUACAAUGAAGAGGAUAAUUCAGAAUCAUCUGCUAUAGAGCAGCCAUCAACUUCAAACCCAGCACCACAGAUUGUGCAGACUGCUCCUUCAGCAUUAGUAUUUGAAACUGACUCUUCUCCUCCACCUUAUAGCAGUAUUACUGUGGAAGUACCUACAACUUCAGAUGCAGAAGUAUACAAUGAGUUUUAUCCUGUGCCACCUCCAUACAGUGUUGCUACCUCUCUUCCUACGUAUGAUGAAGCUGAGAAGGCAAAAGCUGCUGCAAUGGCUGCUGCAGCAGCAGAAACAUCCCAAAGAAUUCAGGAGGAAGAGUGCUCACCAAGAGAUGACUUUAGUGAUGCAGACCAGCUCAGAGUGGGUAAUGAUGGGAUUUUUAUGCUGGCGUUUUUCAUGGCGUUUAUUUUCAACUGGCUUGGAUUUUGUUUAUCCUUCUGUAUCACCAAUACCAUCGCUGGAAGGUAUGGUGCCAUCUGUGGAUUUGGCCUUUCAUUGAUCAAAUGGAUCCUUAUUGUCAGGUUUUCUGAUUAUUUUACUGGAUAUUUCAAUGGACAGUAUUGGCUUUGGUGGAUAUUCCUUGUACUUGGCCUGCUCCUUUUCUUCAGGGGAUUUGUUAAUUAUCUGAAAGUCAGAAACAUGUCUGAAAGUAUGGCAGCUGCUCAUAGAACAAGGUAUUUCUUCUUAUUAUAGAGACUGCAUCAACCAGACAUUCCUUUCUUACAUCAAUGUGAAAUUUCCAGAUCAUCUUGUAAACCUACAACUUUAAUAGGAUAGAAGACUACUAAUAACAGAAGACAAAUUAGUUAAAAGAUAGAGCUUCAAAAUUGGAUGACAGGGUGGUUUAUGCUUAAAAGCCACUUCUGUUCAUUCUCUUAAAUAUUUAUAUUUCAUUUGUUUUGUGCAGUUGCAUCUGUGCCCCUUCAAAAGAUUUGCAUAUACUUGAAAGACACCAUAAAGUUGUAGCAGUAAAGUACAGUCACAUUUUGUUAAUCAGUGUUUGAUGUAUUUCAAAGAGUUGAGUGAUAAACAGUCUUCUAGCAUGUAAAUGCCAUUGACUUCUGACCUGACUUUUAGUAUAAUAAAAAUGAAAUUAUUAACCAUGUCAAAUGCUUUAGUUUCUGGCUCUCAGAUUUAUCUAGUAACUACACAUGAAACAUCCUUUGGUAAAUAUAAAGUCUUUUUGAAACCUGCAGUGCUGAUUAGAAAGGCUGUGUCAGAUUUUUGAACAUGAUUUUUACAUCAUUAUUUAGCAAAGCUCUUUCUGUAAAUAACCAUGCAUAAACUACUUUCUGCAUUGUUUUCUUAGAAAAUUGUGUCUAGAUAUCUUUUCAUUAAUUUUAAAAUAAGUGAACUUAAUAUAUAUAGAAAAUUUGGAUGUUAAAGAUAGAGUUUGUUUUAGGACAAAUUUUAAGAAAAUAUGGGUAUUCCACAUAUCCUUUAUAAGAAAAAAAAUUUAAGGGACUUGCCAAUUUUAGGGAUUCUCAAAUGAGAAGCUUGGUUUUUUAGCAUUGACCAUCUUAAAGAUUCUUAUAGGAAACGAUUGUAUUAGAUAUUUAUUUUAUUUCAUUUAAGGCAUUUUUGAAAAUUUUUUGAAUAUGAUUCUCAUUUGCAUUUGUCUUUUAAAAAGCCAAUAAAAGUAUACUUCAGUAUCAUUGUAAUAAUUUUUAGAUGUUUAAUUUGUUAAAUUUAGCAAGUAAAAACUUGUACUAUUAAUAGCUUCUUGCUUUGUGAUUGUAGGGUUAACUUGUAAAAAUCAUAAACUGAUAUGCAAAAUAUGUUUUCAAGUAUGGAAAUGUGUCUGUGGAAUAUGGGGGUGUGGGGUGUGUUUGUGUGUUGCGAGAGUGUGUGUGUCACCAUUAUUACAACUGGAAUCUACUUUACAUUCAUAAGCUACUACAUUUUGCAAAUCAUUUUGUGCCUCAUUUAUUUUUAUUUUUAGUUAUAACUUUGCUUUUGAAUGUCAACAUUAAAAAUAAUGGGAAUUAUAUACUCUUUUAAACUUAAAAAUCAUUUAAUACAGGUAAAUAGAACAUAUGCAUACAAUUGAUUGUUUAUUAUUAGACAUGACUACUACAAAAAGAUACACCGAAAACUAUUCAGGGACAUUUUCCAUUUCUGAAAAAAAAAUGAUUAUGCUUUAUACUUUCUUUUGUAUUUAUCUGUAUUUUCUGAUUUAUUUUAUUGUCUUUGAUAAUAAAACAUACAUUUUUGUUUUUGCUAAUUGAGCCUAUUUUUUGUUUGCCCUCAUUCAGUACCCUCCCCUGCAUAGAAUUGUAUUAUUGAUUUAAGUGCCUGUGUUACACCCCUUGAAGUAGAACAAUAGCAUGGGAUAAAGAAAAUAAUACUUAAUUUAGUUGCCUGAUUUUGAAAUUAAUUAAAAUUAGAAUGUACUAAUAAGAAAUGUAAACUCAUGCUAGAUCCCUUAUAUUAAUUUCCUAUAGAUCUAUACUUUGUUCUUUUAAUAAUUUUUAAAUGAAAUUAGGCUAUGCUGCAUGCUAAUUUUAAAUUAUUAGAUCAGAUAGUUGGUUUCUGAGUAUGUAUGUGUCACUUUUGAUCCAACAUCAAAACUUCACUCUUUGUUUUGAUUUUUGUUUCACCAAAUCAUAAGAUUCAAGUGUGUAGGUUAUCUAAUUUUCUAUAAUUGGUACAAUUCAGUGGUAGGCUUAAAUCCCAUCACCCACUCGGAGGAACCAGGAUAUUAUUUUUUAAAACCUUUCCCACCCCCUUUCAAAUUUAUCAGAUCCUGCACAUUUCACUUCAUUUCCUGUGAGCUUGGAUAGAACAGCUGCUGGUGUGUUUUGGGGACACAUCCACCUUUGUACUAUGCCUUAAAGAUUAAAAGUCAAAACCUUGUUAGGGUGUCUAAAUUUUUGAAUGAAUGUGAACUUGGGCUUGGAAGUUAAUGAAAAAUUUUAUUAAAUUUCUGUUAUAUUUGAAUAAGCUAGUUAUGGCCAGAUAAUCCAUUUUUAUGUGUUUAUGAAAUAAACUAAUAUUAAGAUAAAAUAUUUUUCUUUGUUAAGGAUAGAUUUUAGAAAUUUAAAAGGAAAGACAAAUCCUAUUAUAUUCAGUAUAAUGAAAAUUGUUUACUAGGAAAAAAUACUAAUCUCUAGCCCCCUUUUUUUGAGUCUAUAAGAUAUAUCCAUUGCCUUUGAGAUUGUUUAUGAUUUUCAACCUGUUUAAACAAUAUUUCCAGUAAAACCUCUCCUAACAGGAAGAGUGGAAUCUAAAGUCUAUUUGCAGAAAAAUUCAAGGUUCCUUAAUUUUUUUUCCCCAACUGGUCUACACUGUCCCCUAAAGCACAAAAGUAAUGAUAGUGCAUUUGAUACUGUAUUUAACUAGAGUGACAUAUUUCCUGAGCGUUCUCAGAACAGUCCUGGUUAUUUCCAUUUUCUCAUCUUAAAUAGGACAUCUUCUCACUCUCAAAUUGUCCUAAUUUGGAGGAUAAAUUAUAUGAUCACCUUAUAUAUAACUAUACUGGACUGAGAAGUGACCGUCUGAAUCCCUUGCCUUUUGAGAGAAGAAACUGGAGUAUUAGGGCAGAAGACAAUUAUUGUUAUGGCCUUUCCUAGCCAAAUCAUUUGUCCGGUUUGUAGAACAUGUGUAGUAUCUUUUUUUUUUAAAAAUAGACAUUGUUGUAUUUGAGUGAUUCCAGCUUAUGAUAAAUAGGAAACAAUGAGCUUUAUAUUUUUAAACUGCUGUUAAAUGUUAUUUUAAUUGUUUAUUAUUGAAUUCUUCAAAUAGUCAUGUGGAAUAUUAGUGUAUUAUUUUUUAAAACCUCAUUCUUGAUAAAAUUCAACUGUUAGUUGAUAUUGUGCCAUCUACUAUAGGAAUGUCCUUGCCCAUAUAUAAAAUAUGCUGAUGUGUUUUACUUAUUAAUAAAGUUCUAAUGAUGUGGAAAUA